ACGCAGAUAUUCCUUGCUUCCAUUGGCGAAAAUUUUGCAUUUUUAUUAUUUAUUUUUAUUAAAUAAAUUGUUUUUUUUUUUAAUGCUUUGGAGCCUUUUGAGUGAUGCUGCUAUUUAGCGCCUAGGCUGAGCAAUCCUCUCCGGCCACUCAACCGCCGCCGCCAUCGCCGCCGCCGCCGUCGUUUUGAAAUCUUCAGAAAACGCGCUGAAGGAAGAAGCAAAUAUCUGCAUUCUCAGCGUUGAAACUCGGUUUUUGUCUCUCAGUCGGAGUUGGAAAUUCGCUGCAUUGUAGCUGCUAAAUCGAAGCAGUCAUUUUGGAAGUGUACACUUUUCUUCAACACAUUGGAGUUUUUCAAUUUGGAAGUAGCUUGAAAUGGAUAAGAUGAAUUGGCCAUGGAAGAAAAAAUCAUCUGAUAAACAAGCAGCAGAUGGAACAAAUGCUUCUGCAGCCGUUUCUGACAUAGAUGCAACUCAAGUGAACAAGGGAAAGCAGGAUAACAGUGUUAAAACCACAAAAUAUGUUCAAAUUUCAAUAGAAUCACAUGAGCAUCUUACCGGAUUGGAGGAUCAACUGAAGUCCUGUGAAGCAAGGGGGCUGACCUUAGAGGAUGAAGUGAAGGAACUGAAGGAAAAGUUGUCUGUGGCCCAUUCAGAUAUAACAGAGAAAGAAAACUUAGUAAAACAACAUGCUAAAGUUGCCGAAGAAGCCGUCUCAGGUUGGGAAAAGGCUGAUGCAGAAGCAGCAACACUGAAGCAUCAUUUGGAAUCUGUAACACUGCUAAAGAUUAAUGAAGAAAAUCGGGCAUCCCAUUUGGAUGAUGCUCUCAAGGAAUGCAUGAAGCAGAUUCGAAACUUAAAGGAAGAACACAGUCAAGAAUUGAAUGCAGUUGUUCUCGAGAAAAAAAUGCUAUUCGAUGAAAUGAAGCAAGAGCUUGAUGCCAAAAUAGCCAACAUGAAUCAACAAAUACUUCGAUCCACUGCAGAUAACGAUGCAUUAUCAAGAUCUCUGCAAGAACGGUCCAAUAUGCUGAUUAAGCUCGGACAAGAAAAAUCACAGGCUGAAGCUGAGAUAUCUCUUUUGAAGAGAAACAUCGAGUCCUGUGAAAAAGAAGUAAGCUCACUGAAAUACGAGCUUCAUAUCGCUAGGAAAGAAGUGGAAAUCCGUAACGAGGAAAAGAACAUGAGUGUAAGAUCUGCAGAAGUAGCUACAAAGCAGCAUCUUGAGGGAGUGAAAAAGGUAGCUAAGCUUGAGGCAGAGUGUCAGAGGCUGAGAAGUCUUGUUCGAAAGAAAUUGCCCGGUCCUGCUGCUUUGGCGCAAAUGAAAGUUGAAGUUGAGAGCUUAGGCAGAGACUAUGGAGAUUCUCGUUCUAGAAGGUCCCCAAGGAAACCUUCGUUUGCACACAUGUCUCAAUCGCCCGACUUUUCCAUGGACAUUGCGCAAAAGUAUCACAAGGAGAGCGAGCUACUUGUCGAGCGUCUACUAGCAAUGGAUGAAGAAACAAGGAUUCUGAAGGAAACAUUGUCACAAUGCAAUAGCGAAUUGCACGCUUCAAGAAGUUCAUGCGAAGAAAUGGCGAGCAAGCUUCGAACUUUAGAAGCACAACAGCAAGCUGGUAGUGAGCAAGGAAGUCCUCUAACGUUCAAUACUCAGAAAGUUACAAAUCUACGCAGGACUGCGGUGAUCGAAGAUGGAAAUGACGAUAGUUUUAGCUGUGCUGGUUCAUUGGCUACAGUCUCGAUGUCUGAAUUUUCCUAUAUCCGGGAAAAGAAUGGCGACAGUCCUCACGAAUCAAGAAAUAGCAAUCACAUGGACCUUAUGGAUGACUUUCUGGAGAUGGAGAAAUUAGCUUAUGAAUCCAAUGACUCACAGUCGAGAGUUUCGUGCUCGGAUGUUUCUGUCGAUGCAGUUAAUAAAGGAUCCGAACUUGCUAGACCUGAAACUACACUUGAAGUUGCUUUGAAUCCACAACCAGGGGAUAAUUGUCGUGAUUUGGAUCUUGUGAAGCUUCGAUCAAAAAUACAUACGGUACUGGAAUCUAUCCGCGACGAUAAAGACACGGACAGAAUGAUCGAUCAUGUUAAGCUUCUUAUGCAGGAUAUGCUCGAUGCAUUGCCUCGCCAGUCCUUAAAUGGCGACGCUUACUCUGUUAUUGUGAUCGAGAAAAUGAACAAGCAAGAAUUGGAUGCAGCCAUUUCCCACAUUCAUGAUUUUGUGAUCAAGCUAAGUAAAGAGGCAAAGGCUGUCCAACGAACAUCGGGAAAUGGACUAAACGAAAGCCUCGCCACGUUAUCAUCCAAGUACGGUGACGCCUAUAGCAAUGAGAUCGAUCUAACAAAUUUCAUAGUCGACAUCUCCAAUGUGUUACGCCGAGCAAGUGAAAUGCUACACUCGGAAGUGGAACUUAAUAGUUCAUAUUGCAUCGACAAGAUUGCUCUAUCUGUGAAUAAGGCUGUCGAGGGGUCUCUGUUAUUAAAUGGUUGUGUCCAAUUUUCUGAUUCUUCAUCCGAUUCGAUAGCCACGUCAUGGAAAUGUUCGUCCGAGGAGAUCGAACAGCUGAAAAGGGAAAGAGACGGCUUGGCAGCUGAUCUCGAAACCACCAAGUCUCGAUUAGCAGAAACAGAACAAGUUCUUGCUGAUGUCAAGUUGCAACUGGCAUCAGAUCAAAGAUCCAACAGCUUGGCUGAGACACAGCUGAAAUGCAUGGCGGAGUCGUACAAAACGUUGGAAUCUCAGGCGGAGGAGCUUCGAAAUGAAAUUAAUCUUCUCCGAGGGACGAUAGAAGCUUUGGAUGAUGAGCUGCAUGAGGAGAAAAGAAGCCAUCGCAACGCUGUCGCCCGGUGUAAUGAUCUACAAGAACAGCUGCAAAGGAUGGCGAGCUGUGCUGCAGCUGAUAACGACAAAAACACUUCCCAGGAUGAGUUAGCCACAGCAGCUGAGAAACUGGCAGAGUGUCAAGAAACCAUACAACUUCUCGGCAAGCAGUUGAAAACUUUGCGUCCGCAAACCGAUUCCCUCAGCUCGCCGAGCAAUGCCGGAGGCCAAAAGCUCGAAACCUCAACCGGAGAAGCAGAAACAGAACGUGGCAUGGCUGUGGAAGCAAACCACAGAGUUAGAUCGCCAUUUCGAUCGAAGCAUCGGAACAACCACCGCGGCUGCUCGUCGAGUGGUUGUUCUACGCCGGAGAAGAAGCAAAGCCGGGGAUUCAUCAGAUUCUUUUCGUCCUCGAAAGGUAAGGUUGCCAAUUAGUUUAGCCAUACAUAUAUAUAUAUAUAUAUAUAUAUCUGUGGUGGCUUUUUAUAAGUUUAUUGAUGAUAGGUUUGGUUUUGAUGAUAUAUAUAUAUAUAUAUGCGAUUGUGUUUUGUUUGAUUAGAUUAGAGAUGCAGUUUAAUUUUAAUAUAGUUUGAUUAUAUUUAAUUUAAAUUAAAUUUAUUGUGAAUAAGAGUGGGUGAUGCUAUAUUAUGGUUUUUAUUGUAUUUUUGUUAUUUGGUUGUAGACAUGAACUUGAGACGAUUGUUGUUUUAAUCAGUGUCCAAUUUAUUACC